AUGGGAACAACGGCGAGUAAAGACAACGAUGAAUUGGUGGAUUACCUUGUGAAUGAUCGAUCGCUUCGAUGCAAAGAUGUUGAAAGAGGUUUUCGAUUAGUUGAUCGAGGCCGUUUUAUACCACCUGGAGCACAUGAAGACGCGUACAGAGAUGCUCCAUAUAGGGAUCGUGAUACAAAUCCAGUAGAAGAUGCAGAGAGACCCCCUUCAUCGAUCGGUUCAAUCCAUUUAUCUGCUCCAUGUAUCUACACAAGUGCUCUCGAUCAUUUACAACUGAAAAGAGGACAAACAUUUCUGAAUAUUGGAUCCGGAACGGGAUAUCUCAAUACGGUUGUUGGGUUUAUUAUUGGUUCAACGGGAACAAAUCACGGAAUCGAAUACUUUGAGAAUCUCGUUGAAUAUGCGAACAAAAAACUUGUAGAAACGCUUAAAGGACCCGAGAUAAAUUGCUAUGAUUUUGCCCUUCCGACUUUUCUUCAUGGAAACGGUCUUCUAAUCAACGAUGAAUCAAAAGAGUUCUACGAUCGAAUCUAUAUCGGAGCAGCUAUUACAGAAGAAGCUUUACAAAAUAUGGGAAACCUUUUGAAAGUUGGCGGACAAUUGGUGGCUCCGGUUGAGAAUUCGAUGAUCUGCUAUCGUCGAACAGCCACUGAUGAUUUUCAACGAGAGAACUAUUCGAAUGUUUCUUUCUCAACUUUGUUGCCGAUUUCUCCAAAUACGAAACCAGUUGUUCUUCCAAACGAUUCGUACAAGAAUUUCUCUCUUCGGGAAUUGUGCCGGACUGCUAUUAGACAAACAAUCAUGAAGAAGGCUCAAUCGCUGACACCCGUUGAACUGCAACAAAGAGUCGAUGAAACAAUGGAAGAACCACAAGAAUAUGAUGAUCGCCCAACAAACAGCAUGGUACUUCAUGUAACUGGAAGAGGUGGACAGCCAAGACCGGUCAUGAUUGGAUUACGACGCGAAGCACUUCCCCACAUUCGUCGAGCUCGUCAGGCCCUUGAUGACGUAGGAAUUCAUCAGAACGAGAUCAAUCAAGAGGAACAACAAGAAAGAGAACAAGAAGAGGAUGCUGAUGAGGCGAAUAUAAGAAUUAGACGUGCCCGAUUAUUGAGAGCGUUGAUGUUGGGUGAACGAGAUCACGCAAUGGCUCGUCGAGCUCGUCGGUUGAGAGAAAUCGCAGACGAAAGAAGAAGAUUUCGAGGAGAAUUGGUGGAAAAUUUCCGAGAUGAGGGAGAACCGGUUGAAGAAAUGAGAGAAGGAGAAGAAGCGGGAGAAGGACAGGAAGAAAGGGAAAUUGAAGCAGAUGAGCACUUGAUCUUCUCUUCUGAGACUUCUGACGAGGAUAGUGAGGAAGAAGAGGAUGAACAAGGAAAUGAAUCGGGUGAACAGCAACAGCCAGAACAUGAUAUCCCUUUAAUGGAUGGGAUUGUUGAAGAUAUUGUUGUGAGACCGGAUAAGAACCAACCAAAUCCUUUGAGAGCCUCAUCAUCGGGGACAUCACUUCGACAAAGCCAACCAGCUAUGCAGCCACAUAUUCCGAUGGAAGAUGAAUCUGAAGGGACGACAAAUGAUGAAAAUAGUUCAAAAAGGAGAAGAGUCGGCUCCGAUUCGGAAGAUUCGACAAACUCGACAUCGGGAGAAGAACAAAGAUUGAUUGUUGUGAAAAGGCAAUCAGAGAGUCUCAUUCAAUGCUCCAAUCAAUUCAUCCAAAUACUCGAUGAGCUCAAAUUACCCAAGAAUUUGAAAGUCUAUUGCAGAUACGGUGUAUCAGAU